UUAAAAAAAGCAACACAAAACAGGAUGUAGACAAUCUGUGUGGUCAUGCACUGUAAAUGUCUGUGUUUGUCACAAAAAUGUGAACUGUAAAUAUGAUUGUAAAAUGUGCAAUGAAUGCUGGAAGGAAUUUAAAGGAUGGAUGAGAUCAUUCACACGGACUGAAUGUGCUCUGUCUGCUCUGCAACUAGUUCUCUUAGUUUUAUUCAUUGGUUUUUUGACUUUUUUGAUUUUACAUCUCCUGGCAUGUUCGGCGACUGAACGUCAUCACGACAAUGUACCAACUAAAACUUCUCAAGAACCAUUUAGUCCAUCAUCACCGACAAGCACCACUUCAACAACUAAAUCCAUUUCUUCAACAAAUCACACAACUUUAAGCCCAGAUGUAGAGUGCACCUGGAGACCAUCAGAGAAGACUGAUAGUGUCAUUCAUUAUUAUGAAAAUGGGCAGGUUUCAACUUCAGCUGUAACAAACAGGAAUGCAAUGUCCACAUGGAGGUCUGCACAAGACAAUGUGAGCGAAGAACCGGGCAAUGGCGAGAUGGCAGAUGAUGUGCACAAGUCCUACAUUCUUGCACUUGGAAAGGUGAACAUUCCACAGGAUGUAACUUUUGGAUGUAUUUUGACUAUAAUAUCUGAGUACUGGACCCUGACGGCGGCGAGUUGUAUAGAAGCCAUAGAA